AUGCUGCAACUAAAACCCAUUGUAUCAGAACUUAUGAGAUGUGCCAUUGGAGAUGGGAAAACAACUAGUUUCUGCUAUGAUCACUGGACAAAUUUGGGUCCAUUAAUUGGAGUGGCGGGUCAAACUGGUCCUCCCAGUCUAAGAGUCAGGAUUGGUGCUUCGGUGUCUGAUGCAACGGUUGAUGGGACUUGGAGGUUCCCUGCUGCUAGGUCUCACGAAAUUCAGAAUAUCCAGAUGAUCCCGGCACCAGUUGUGUUUUGGCAUAAAGUCAUUUGGUUCAAGGAAAACAUUCCUAGAAACACGUUCAUGUCCUGGUUGGCUCUCCUUCGACGGCUUCCUACUAAGGACAUAAUUCGACGAUGGGGUCUAAAUCUGACUGAUCAGUGCGUGCGCUGCAACUCGGCGGUCGAAACGCAUCACCACUGUUUCUUCGAAUGCAGCUUCUCCUCUGCGCUUUGGCUGAAGUUUGGAUCUAAUAUUCUGCCCAACCCGCCUGAAGACUUACACUCAGCAGCAGCUUGGAUUGCAUCAUCCAGUCGAGUAUUCUGCAGCAAGCAAGUGAUUCUCCUCGAGUUUUUCUUUCAGUCCAUCAUCUAUAUCAUCUGGAGAGAAAGGAACUCGCGUAUCUUCACCUCGGUGUCCUCCUCGUCGAGUGUUCUUCAUCUGGCGCUUGAUAGGUUACUUCGUGACCGGCUUCUUUCAUUCCCAGCACCCUCUCCAGCCGGUCCUUUGCUCCUUCAGCUUUAUUUUGCCUUUUAUCGGCCUCCUUAG